AUGGACUACCAAGGAGGUUAUUCGACCGUACUGCCAGGUGGAACGUUGCUGCACAAGGGCUACUAUGAUUUGCUGGGUAUCAUACCGACACCCAGGGCAGCAUGGCUUUGGAGAACGUCGGACGAUCCCAGUGUGGGUGCAUCAAGAGCGGCGCCUGUGCUCGGCAAUACCCUGGUCACGAAAAGGACAAAAAAUACGGGCUAUGUCCAGAUCGCUGAUUGGGUCCGGGACGAGGGAAAAAGGGUGAGCAAAGAUAUGAUAUCCUCGCCCAUCGGAUUUGCGCAUCUUGUACACGCAUCAGACAUCGUUCAAGCCGAGGUGUUGCUCAAACGGUGGGGUCCUGAUGGCCAGGGCAAGAUCGGAGACCCAUCCUGGGCAGCGCCCAUCAAGCAAGUAGUGCGAGCGAAGAUGCAGGAAAGAGCAAUCGCCGAGGUCGUCAGCAACAUGCGCACCGAUGUGAUACCUGGGGCGUCGCACCCGCCGCUCCGUGUGGUUAAUGGGGGCAGCUCGCUGAUCACCAGCACGACUGGGUCUGUACCCCCAGUACCGCAAAAGGACGUGUGGCGCUCGAGAAACGCGAUUGAUGGCCUGCCGCACACUGCAGAGGACCGCGCGGCCGCUAUGUUCACCCUAGCGCGCACGGACGAGGGGAACAUUCCCACACUGCGAGAAGGGUUCAGGCCAAGAACCAAGUCGAGACCCAUUGUCCCCUCGCUGAUAACCCUGGAGAAGGCUGUGUCCGCACGCAUAUACUUCGAGAAUCUCUACUUUCCUCUAUUACGGCAGCCCCCUUCGCGCGAACAAAGACGGGUGGCAUUCGAGAAAGACCUGGACAUUCUGCGCAUCGACGAAGCGCACAAAGAGGGGUUGCGCGAACGUUGGCGCAAGAAUGAAACAGACUACCUGCGCGAACGUCGACGUAAGAUUGAUGUUUCGGGUUUCAUCAGGCUCAAGACAAUAGGUCAUGGUGCCUUCGGUGUUGUCUACCUCGUUAGAGAGAAGCGCACAGGCGAGCUCUACGCGAUGAAACAGGCACGGUCCAAUCUUAUGCGCAAGACAGAUAUGCUCCGGAAAGGGCAAGAGGGGCACGUGCGCGCGGAACGGGAAGUGCUCAAAGCCGCUGCGCUGGCUGGCUCCAGCCGCGGCACAGAUGGGAUCGUGCGGUUGUUUUACAGGCAGGUUUUCCAAGAUCAGGAUUCCCUCUAUCUCGUUCUGGAGUUUAUGGCAGGCGGUGACCUGCUAAACUUGUUAAUUGAGCGAGAUAUUAUGGAGGAAGGUUUUACUAAAUUCUAUGUGGCCGAGAUGAUUCUGUGCAUCGAACAAUGUCACAAGCACGGCUUCAUCCAUCGUGACAUCAAGCCAGACAAUUUCCUUUUUGACAGAGAGGGCCACUUGAAGCUGAGCGACUUUGGAUUAGCCACGGACCUACACUGGGCGCAUGAGACCUCCUAUUACGAGCAACAGCGCAAGAGCCUUUUAAGGAAGUACGGCAUCGACCUCGCGGACAGGAACGAUUUUGAUGACAGCGUGCCGUCCCGACGCCUCGACCCGAAGCAGGUGGAGAACAUUAUGGGCGGCGAGCAGGGCCGCGAAGGCAUCUUCACAUGGCGAGAAAGAAAUCGAAAGAAGGUGCGGUCCUUAUUAUGCGGAACGAAUUCAUAUAUGUCCCCGGAAGUUAUUCGAGGCCAGGGAUAUGGAUACUCGUGUGAUUAUUGGAGUCUCGGCGUGAUCAUGUACGAGUGCCUAUUCGGAUAUCCCCCGUUCAUCAGUCGCUCGCGGCACACAACUCGGCAAAAGAUCCUCAACUGGAAACAGACACUCCGGUUCCCAGCCCGGCCCCGCGUAUCAAGCGAGGCGAUCGACCUCAUCCAACGGCUCAUCUGUGAACCCGAGGACCGCCUUGGGGGAGGAGGAGUGAUCGCUGAGACCUUCCGCACGCGGGGCUCAAGACUGACCUCGGGAUCGCAGGGGAGAGGAGAAGGAUACUACCGAAGAGGUGGGAGUAACUUUGCUGCGCAGCCGGUGCUGGGAACGUUUGAUGGAGCAGGAAAAAUCAAGGCCCAUCCUUGGUUCAGGGGAAUCGACUUUAAGCGCCUACGCGAUCGGCCAGCGCCUUACACUCCCACGCUCUCAAGUGCAGAAGACACGCGGCAUUUCGAGCAGGAUAUUGAGCCGGAGGUUCUUCCCCCUCUGCACGGCAGGGCGGCCGAUGCCCCCGAUCCUAUUUUACGAGAUGCGGUCCACGGGCCCGCCGCGCUGGGGAUUAGGAAGGCGUAUGCGUUCGCGGGGUUUACGCAUAAGAGUCCCAGGCUAGUGGACGUGCGGAAGUUGAGGGUGGGGAGGGAUAGCCGGGUGAUGCCUGAUGGGGGAGUGGGAGAUAGGGGCCGGGUGGGGGAGAGGGAUGACGAGAGGGAAAGACUGUUUAGGCCUAUGUCUGUGUGA